UGGCUGUGGGAUCAAGUUUCGAUCAAAGUGAUUGGUCCUUUCUCUCUCUCUCUCUCCUUUUGAAAGUUUAUUAAGGAGCCUCUACAAGCAAUACCUGAUGCAGAUGAGGGUCUCUAGAAAGAAAUAAGGAAAGCUGAUAAAAAGGCUGCUCAAAGCUUAAAGCCUAAAAGAAAGAAAGAAAGAAAGCAAGCUGAUAACCGAAAGAAGAAAGAAGCUUGCUUUUUCCUCUCUCUCUCUCUCUCUCUCUCUCUCUCUCUUCCUGCAUAUCAAUCUCAUUAGCUUUGGUUCUUUAGGCCUAUUGCUGAUUGAGGGUUUGAAUUAUCUUGUUUAGAAACAUAGAUAAGAAUCAAUUAAACCCUAUGUUAGCCAAUAACUCUUCUUCUUCUGAUCCUUUUUCCUGUUUGGACGGCGGGAGUAACAACAAUAAGAAGAAAAGAAGACCAGCAGGAACUCCAGAUCCAGAUGCUGAAGUGGUUUCUCUAUCGCCAAAAACACUGCUCGAAUCGGACCGUUACGUAUGUGAGAUCUGUAAUCAAGGGUUUCAGAGAGACCAAAACCUACAGAUGCACAGAAGGAGACAUAAGGUCCCAUGGAAGUUACUAAAGAGAGAGAGUCCGGUGGUGAGGAAGAGAGUUUUUGUUUGUCCAGAGCCUUCUUGCUUGCACCAUGAUCCAUGUCAUGCCCUUGGUGAUCUUGUCGGGAUAAAGAAGCACUUUAGAAGAAAACAUAGCAAUCACAAACAGUGGGUCUGUGAUAAAUGCUCCAAAGCUUAUGCUGUUCAAUCUGAUUUUAAAGCCCAUCUCAAAACUUGUGGCACCAGAGGCCAUUCUUGCGAUUGCGGCCGAGUUUUCUCAAGAGUUGAGAGUUUUAUAGAGCACCAAGACAGUUGCAAUAUGGGACGGCUACGACCUGAUCAAUCACAGACAGCGCAGGGAGCUGCAUGCUUGUCUAGAACUGCCUCGAGUCCGAGCCCUUCUAAUGAUAACAAUUUCAGUGCAGCUCCUUUGCUAAUACAAAAUAGAAAAGACUAUAAUUUGGAGCUACAGCUUUCCACCACAGCAAAUCUCCUCGAAAUCGAUGAUAAUCAUUCAACUCAGUUGCAUCUGUCAAUUGGGUCGAGAAAUGAAUCAAAUACAGAAAGCGAGAAAGCACGCGAGCAGCAGUUAAUAAGGCUGGCAAUGGCAGAAAAGGCUUAUGCUGAAGAGGCAAGACAACGCGCAAAAAGGCAGAUUGAAUUGGCGGAACAAGAAUUUGCUAAUGCCAAGAGAAUUAGACAACAAGCUCAAUCUGAGUUAGAUAAGGCUUCAGCUCUAAGAGAACAUGCAAUUAAGCAAAUCAAUUCCACUAUUCUCCACAUUACUUGUUAUGCUUGUAGACAGCAAUUUCAAGCAGCAACACCCCCACAUGACAACGCUUUGGUUUUGAGUUACAUGUCUUCAGCUAUAGCUGAGGCUCAAGUAGAGAACAAUAUUACUGGAAUUAAUCUAGCAAAGAUUAAUUAAUUUGUAACUCAUACCUGCUUAUUAUAUUAAUUAUCUUUCUUCUUUUUUCUUUUCCUCUCA